UUUGCAGAACUAGCAGAAGAAGGGGAAGAGGGUAUUCUUUUUAUAAAAAGCUGCCAGAAAUCCCCUGCAUUUUGGACAGUGGAGAGGUAUGGCAGCGUGGGACCUGUUAGUUACGGUGGAGGACCUGGGAGCUGAUGCUCCGCCCAUCACUGUCAGUGUGACCUCUGACCUACACAUAGGUGGGGUCAUCCUCAAACUGGUGGAGAAGUCACAGGUAAAGCGCGACUGGUCGGACCAUGCCCUGUGGUGGGAGCAGAAGCAGCAGUGGCUCCUGCGUACGGCCUGGACCCUGGAGAAGUGUGGCAUCCAGGCAGAUGCCGGGCUCAUUUUCAUGGCCCAGCACAAGUCCCUGAGGCUGGGCCUGCCCAACGGCCUGACCCUCAGGCUCCGGGCCUGCUUCUCUGGGCCUGUGUUCCGCACUGUGCUGGGCAUCUGCAAGAUGCUGAACAUCCGUCGGCCAGAGGAGCUGUCCCUGCUGCGUCCUGUAGAGGAGAAGAAGAAGAAGAAAGAUAAAGACUUGUCAGAGGAACUGUAUGACCUCACAGAAGUGCCUCUCAUCUCAGUGUCCCGCCCCUGCUUGUAUAAUGGAAUGCCUGCCCAUUUCGCCGACUCUCUUAAGACUGAGAAGGUGUACAAGAUGCUGUCAGUCUCCCAGCCUGCACCUGCCCCAGAGGCCAUCGCUAAGCUGUACCGCCCCGCCAGUGUGGUAGACAAGGCCCACAUCCACAGCAGGUGGCUGGACUCUUCUCGUUCACUGAUGCAGCAGGGCGUUCAGGAGAAUGACAGACUCUGGCUGCGCUUCAAAUACUACUGCUUCCAUGACCUGGAGCCCAAGUAUGAUGUGGUGCGCCUGACCCAGAUGUAUGAGCAGGCUCGCUGGGCCAUCCUACUGGAGGACAUAGAAUGUACUGAGGAGGAGAUGCUGCUGUUUGGAGCUAUACAGUACCACAUCAACAAGCUGUCCCUGUCGGAGCCCCAGACGAUGACCUCCAGUCCAGCCAUGGAUGACCUGGACUCAGCCCUACAGGGUCUGGAGGUCAAGCUGGAUGGGGCAGAAAGCAGCCCCCAAGACAUGCUGGAGAACCUGACUGCCCCAGAGCUGAAUGAUUAUUUGAAGAUAUUCCGGCCCAAGAGGUUGACUCUGAAGGGAUACAAGCAGUACUGGUUCAAGUUUAAGGAUGCCUCCAUCUCCUACUAUAAGAGCAAAGAGGAGAGCCUGGGAGAACCCAUUCAGCAGAUCAACCUCAAAGGCUGUGAGGCUGCUCCCGAUGUAAACGUCGCUGGACAAAAGUUCUGCAUCAAACUUCUGAUCCCAGCUCCAGAGGGCAUGAACGAGGUCUACCUGCGCUGUGAAAAUGAGGAGCAGUAUUCCAGGUGGAUGGCAGCCUGUCGUCUGGCCUCUAAAGGGAAGAGUCUGGCAGACAGCUCAUUCCAGAGCGAGGUCCAGAGCAUCCGAUCCUUCCUGGCCAUGCAGCAGACCAACCCCAACACACACACCGACGACAGCAUGAGCAUCAACACACACAGCCUGGUCUCUCCACGCUACAGCAAGAAGUACAAGGUCAAACAGUUGACCCCUCGUAUCCUGGAGGCAUAUCAGAACGUGGCUCAGCUCUCCCUGACCGACGCCCUGCUCCGCUUUCUCCAGAUCUGGCAGGCCCUGCCAGACUUUGGAAUUUCCUUUGUGGUGGUGAGGUUCAAGGGCAGCAGGAAGGACGAGGUGCUGGGUAUCGCCCCCAACCGUCUGAUCCGUAUCGACCUGGGGGUGGGAGACGUGGUCAAGACAUGGCGUUACAACAACAUGAGGCAGUGGAACGUCAACUGGGACAUACGACAGGUGGCGAUAGAGUUUGAUGGGAACGUGAACAUGGCGUUCAGUUGUGUGACGGCUGACUGUAAGAUCGUUCAUGAGUUCAUUGGAGGCUACAUCUUCAUGUCGACACGCAGCCGCGAGCAGAGUGACACGCUCAACGAAGAGCUCUUCCACAAGCUGACAGGGGGCCACGAGGCUCUGUGACACCCUCAACCCCCACCCCCCACCCAGUAAUAUACAACAGCUAUAGCCCAAGGAGCAAUCUAUACAUCAGAUACACCAGUGGACAGUUUGAGUGUUUAAGGGUGCGGCUGCAGCAGCCUUGAAGAGAAAUGACAACCUGUCCACCCUGGGAUCCUAAAAGACAUGCAGUUGCUUGUUCAAUAAAUCAAGGAAGAGGUGACC